AUGGCAUUCCCAUCUUGUGCCUACAUCCUCCUAUUUAUUUAUCUUCUCAUUGCAUCUGCAAAUGGUUCUUAUUUUACUUCAUCUUUGUUAAGCGAUGUUAUUAAGAGUAAAGUACUUACGGGUCCGAACCCAGAGAAAUCACCAGAAUCACCACACGCAAUACCAUUUGACAAUAUUAAAAGACAAGUUCCUACUGGUCCAAAUCCAGAGAAACCACCAGAAUUGCCGCACGCAAUAUCAUUUGACAAUAUCAAAAGAAAAGUUCCUACCGGUCCAAAUCCGGAGAAACCACCGGAAUCGCCGCACGCAAUAUCAUUUCAAAAUAUCAAAAGAAAAGUUCCUACUGGUCCAAAUCCGGAGAAACCACCAGAAUCGCCGCACGCUAUAUCACUUGACAAUAUCAAAAGAAAAGUUCCAACUGGUCCGAAUCCGGAGAAACCACCAGAAUCGCCGCACGCAAUAUCAUUUGAUAAUAUCAAAAGAAAAGUUCCUACUGGUCCAAAUCCGGAUAAACCACCGGAAUCGCCGUACGCAAUAUCAUUUGAAAAUAUCAAAAGAAAAGUUCCUACUGGUCCAAAUCCGGAGAAACCACCAGAAUCGCCGCACGCUAUAUCACUUGACAAUAUCAAAAGAAAAGUUCCAACUGGUCCGAAUCCAGAGAAACCACCGGAAUCACCACAUGCAAUACAAUUUGACAAUAUCAAAAAAAGAAUUCCUACAGGACCGAACUCACAAGAACCACCAGCAAUACCACUCAAAAAUAUUACGAGGAAAAUUCCUACAGGACCAAACCAACAGGAACCACCGGCAAUUCCACUCGACAACAAGAGAAGUGUAAAAAUUCUUGAAACGCCGAACAAAUUGUUGGAACUCGGAAACAAGAGAAAUGCUCGAAUUCCUGAAACACCAGGCAGCCCGCUAGCACUAUAG